CUACAAUCAAGAGGGAUGGAGAAAGGAAAUUAUUCACUAGUGACUGAAUUCAUCCUUAUAGGGCUGACAGAUGACCCAGAGCUCCAGUUGCCCCUGUUAUUCCUAUUCCUGAAUAUCUAUUUGGUCACUGUGGUGGGGAACCUGGGUAUGAUCAUAUUGAUUACACUAAGUUCUCAUCUUCACACUCCUAUGUACUAUUUUCUCUGUAGUUUGUCCUUCAUUGAUCUCUGUCAAUCAACUGUCAUCACUCCCAAAAUGAUGCUAAAUUUUUUAUCAAAGAAGAAUAUUAUAUCCUAUCCUGAAUGCAUGACUCAAUUCUAUUUUUUUGCCUUUUAUGGAAUUUCUGAAUGUCACAUGUUAGCCGUCAUGGCAUAUGACCGUUAUGUGGCUAUAUGUCAUCCUCUUCAUUAUAGUCUUAUGAUGUCUUAUCGAGUGUGUUCCUGGUUGGUGAGUGGGGUAUAUGUUUUAGGUCUUGUUGGGGCCACUUCUCACACAGGCUGCUUGCUCAGAGUGCUCUUCUGUAAGGAAAAUAAGGUUAAUCAUUAUUUCUGUGAUCUCCUUCCACUCUUGAAGCUGUCUUGUUCUAGUACUUAUGUCAAUGAAGUGAUGGCUCUGGCCUUCAGUACAUUUAAUAUUCUUUUCCCAGCUAUGACUAUUAUUUGCUCUUAUAUUUUCAUCAUUGCUAGCAUUUUAAAAAUUCAAUCCACUAGAGGAAGAUCAAAAGCAUUCAACACCUGUAGCUCCCAUAUUGCAGCAGUUAGUGUUUUCUUUGGUUCCCUUGCAUUCAUGUAUUUGCAGCCAUCUUCAGUCAACUCCAUGGAUCAAGGAAAAGUGUCCUCUAUCUUUUACACUAUCAUUGUUCCCAUGCUAAAUCCCCUCAUUUACAGUUUGAGAAAUAGAGAUGUUAAAAUUGCCCUAAAGCAAUUGAUAGAAAGAAUAAUCUAG